UCGAAGCGCUGACAUGGAUCUUAAGAGUUUUACCUUCUUCAUCCUGGUGGCUAGGGCCUUAGGAAGCACAGUUCCUUCAUACAACACGCCUGCGCCUACGUACCGUGCUCCUGCCCCAUCCUACAAUGCCCCUGCUCCUUCAGGGCCAGCUCAGUACGACUUCAACUACGCGGUGAGAGACGACCACUCUGGAAACGACUACAAUCACCAAGAAAAUCGUAAUGGCUACGAUACUCAGGGAGCUUACUACGUUCUCCUUCCCGACGGCCGUGUGCAGAGGGUUGCCUACACCGUGAACGGCGACUCCGGAUACGUGGCUGAAGUUACAUACGAAGGAGAGGCCCAAUACCCUGCUCACCAACCUGCCCCUUCUCGCUCCUACCAGCCCGCCCCCGCCCCUUCCUACAGACCAGCCCCUACUCCCUCCUACCAAACACUCCUAGCUAUGCUUAAAUCGCUGAAGAACGGACAUGUUAUCGCAGUAUUUCCAUGGUUUCCCUGGAAUGAUUAUGGCCUUACUCUGAGGAAAAGAACUACGCCCUCUUCAGUUAACCUCAUUUCCCCACAUUUCCUCCGUGAUACCAACACGGUGAGCAAGAAAGGAGUGGUCAGCAUGAAUGUAAAACCAUCAAAAUAG